AUGGAUCCAUACUUCACCGGAGCUCCCCUAGAAACGGUGGAGGAGGAGGAGUCGAAGUUGGAGCUGAGGUCCCACCACCGGAGGGCCUUCUCCGACUUCCCAUUCGAUCUCGCCGGAAGCUUUGAUGAUGAUGACAUGCUAUUUGAUCCUUCGGAUUUCAUCAACACUGAUUUCACAUUUCCAACGCCGCCUCCUUCGCCGCGGCUGCCAGAUAUCGUUGAAGCCGUAGUUGGUUCGGAUGAAACAGGGAGGCUGGACGGCUCCGGUACGAGUUCCGGGAUGUUGGUGCCACUAGCUAGGAGCUUGACCGUCAAAUCCAAUGAUCUGAUUGGAGCAACUGACGGCGGGGAGGGUAGUGGUGGUAAAAAAAAGGCCAAGCGCCGUCACAGGCAUAGCUUUUCCAUUGAUGGGUCCUCGACGUUAAUGUCAUUUCAGGGUGUGCCAUCGCAUUUGAUAAAGAGGGCCAUGCCCCCUGAUCAACUUGCAGAACUUGAAAGGGUUGAUCCCGUGAGAGCUAGGAGGUUGAUAAAACAUUUUAUUUUAUUAUGUUUUUCAAAUAACUGA